AUGACCGUACUCAACUCUGACAGGCCGCUUCCCACUGUUCUCAUCACAGGAUGCAGCGAGGGCGGCAUUGGAUCAGCCCUGGCGGAAGCCUUCCACGAGCGGGGUUUUCACGUUUUUGCGACGGCACGUUCGCUGUCUAGAAUGGUUCACCUGGAGCGAUUGUCGAAUAAGACUCUUUUAGAGCUUGAUACUGAGUCUCAGUCCAGCAUCAAUGCCACCCUGAAGGCAGUGAUCGCCUAUACGGGCGGCACCGGGAAGCUGGACUAUCUAGUCAAUAACGCGGGGCUGACUCUGAACUGCCCAGCUCUGGAUGCCGACUUGACGUAUGCGAGGAAGAUGUUUGACGUUAAUUUCUGGGGCAUGGUCAAUGUUACGCACACGUUCAUGCCGCUGUUGAUUGCUUCUAAGGGGACGGUUGUAAACAACGCUUCCCUUGCGGGAGUUGUGCACGUACCCUGGGGAUCAUUUUACAAUGCCUCUAAAGCCGCUGUUCGAAUGUACGGCGAGUCACUUCGGCUUGAGGUCGCUCCGCUAGGCGUCAAGGUAGUCACCGUCAUGACCGGGAUUGUGGCCUCCAAGAUUUUCGAGAAUGCUCCUCAUGAGGAAUUGCCUGAGAGCUCAUACUACACGGCGGCCGGUCCGCAGAUAGCAGAGCUUGCAAGCGGAGCAAAACAUGCCACUAUGGCGAUGCCAGCGGCUGUUUAUGCGACCGCCGUAGUUGAUGAUGUGCUCCGAGGUUGCAAUGGGAUGACUUGGAGAGGAAGAGCUGCGUCUCUCGGAUGGUUGAUCCAUUCGUACAUUCCGACCUGGCUGACACGUUGUCCACAGCAUGACGGGUGUAUCGGCAAUAGCGUCAUGACGGAGCUUAUCGGAGUUAACAACAAUCUGAUCCGGAUAUGUGGAGAUCUCGCCAGGAAGUAUAAAGCUCCUGACAUGCCCCAUCGAACAUUACCACCAGUUUAUCCAAAACGACAGAUACCACUUGCAACAACCAUGCCAGCCCAGUCACUGUUGAGAUCGAUUUCCCGACCGAUCAUCACCCUUGAGGAACAUUUCCUUUCCCGUGCUGCGCUCGCAUCGCCAAAUGCGCUCAACCAGAAAAUGCGAGCCAUCCCCGGGCUAUUCGACAGUUUCACCGAGCUGGGUCCACGGCGCCUUGCGGAUAUGGACGCCGGGCAAGUGACCAUGCAGGUUGUCUCUCACGGCCCUGGUGACCUGUCACCCGCCCAGUGUCGAGAUACCAACAACCAGCUCGCAGAAGCCGUGCGCGCCUAUCCGAGCAGAUUUGCCGGGUUCGCUGAACUGCCAAUGCAUGAGCCCAAAGAAGCCGCAGUGGAACUCCGACGGAUGUGCUCGGGCGCUUUUGACGGGGUUCGCUUUGUCGGAGCGUUAGUGGACAGUCAUACAGAAGGCGGAUUAUACUAUGACGGACCUGAAUUUGACGUGCUUUGGGAGGAGGCGACGAACCUGGAUGUGCCGAUAUACAUCCAUCCAACGUGGCCCACCCAGCAACACUUCACAGCGUACAAGUUUCCCAACGUAUCUGAGGAUGUGAACGCAGCCAUCCUCUCAUUUGGAUUUGGCUGGCACAGCGAUGUGGCUAUCCAUAUUCUGCGUCUGUAUGCAGCGGGCGUGUUUGACCGGUUCCCGAACUUGAAAAUCAUCAUUGGGCAUAUGGGAGAGAUGAUUCCCUACAUGCUUCAGAGGAUAGAGCGGGUUUCCUCAAGAUGGGGAAAGCACAGGUCGUUUCGUGAGGUGUGGGACGAGAAUCUGUGGUUAACGACGAGUGGUAACUGGGCGUUGGACCCGCUGGCUUGUAUACUGCGCAACACGAAGCCCGACAGAAUCAUGUAUAGCGUGGACUACCCGUUUGCGAAGAGCGCUGACGGGCUGAAGUGGCUGGAAGAGCUGGAGGGGAGUGGGAUGGUGACUUCGGAGGUGUUGGAAGGCAUCCGCUGGAAGAAUGCGGCUUCAUUGCUGAAGUUGAAUGUCGACCAGGCUUCAUGA